AUGCUCCUUGAAGCUGACUACGACAGCAUCGGCAGGAUAGCAGAUGAGAAUAACAAAGUUGCUGUGAUUCAUGAAAGAUUAAAAGACUGUGAUGACAACAUAAAGUCAGCGGGAUAUUUGUUAGAAUAUAGCGCGAUCACAGCAUCCGUACUUCAGCUGAGUGCUGAACAGUUACGCUUUGAUCCAGAUGUGAAUGAAUUUGAACGCGAUGUCGCAAUUCUUAUGCUAAAAGAUCCUCAAUUGACAUAUACGGGAGAAACAAUGCAUCGUCAAAUAAAGACAAAGACGAAGGAAGAUGGCAAGGUUCUUCUUCUUCGCAUUAUUGGAUAG